AUGUUUUUCUAUCCGGGAGCACAACCACUGUCGACGCCUUCUUCGGCGUCCACUCCCACCGCCCCCACAGGGGCUGGCACAGCAACGGGUGGUGACGAUAUGCCGCGUCAUUAUGUGGGACCUGCUCGUGGGCCUCCAGCUGUUCCUACAAGCAUGGGCGCAGAACCUACUUUAUCCACGCCCAUGCGUCACAGCCUCAGUGAAAAUACGCUGGAUGGUGCUUCCAUGUCGCCGACUUUGCUCUGGCAGAUGCAAAUGGGCCAUGCGGUGAACCUCUCCUCUUCCCUGGGCUCGCGGCCUGUACUCGCACCGCCGUCCAGUGAUAGCAAGCGCCGACGCAUGUCGGCAUCACAGUUCACUUCACCUAUACAUAUGCCUCCCACGGCUGGCCAUGAUCCCCAUCAUGGUUCACCAUUUGGGGGUAUGGUGCCGCAUGCGACGCCCCAUCACCCUGGUGCUAUAUUCUACCCUCCCUCCAUGGUGUCGCUUAGCACCCCGGAUUCGCCAUCAUCUUCUCCUACUAUGGAUCCAUCCAUGCGUGGCUUGUCCAUCACCCCAAGUAACAAUCUGUCGCCACUUGCCCACCGUACAUUGCGUGCUGCGUCGACUAGCGCCGCAUCACCCUCGGGCGGUAUGCAUCCCAGUGCGUUGCCGACGUCAUCGAUUCAUGAAAGUCCUGUGAUGAGAAGGGCGAACAGCUACAACAGCGUGGGCUCACCAUGGACUCAUCCUGAAAAUCUGUACAUGUUCAAUAUGGCUCAAAACUUGUCACCCACAACGGCACCUGCACCGAUGGCCCCACCCAUGUCUGCGCCAGUACAAAUGCAGCGACACUUCAGUUCGCCGCAACCUCGCACAGUUCGUGAGCGUGCCAGCAGGCAGUCAUCGACAGACGUGUGGCCGGAUGAUGUCGAGGUGGCAUUCUGGGAGGCAUUACGCCUGAUUCCCAAGCUAGGACGUCGCAAAGUCCUCGUGCAUGGUAAACCUUGCGGUCGCAAUGAACUGAUUGCUGAUUACAUCGAACGAAAGACGGGCAAGACACGCUCGCGGAAGCAGGUAUCAAGUCACAUUCAAGUGCUCAAGAAUGUCAAGCGCAACGACAUGGAAUUUCAGCAACUCAUAUCGGAGCCGACAAGCGAAGAGGACUAUUAUACGCCGGCUGGUGGUAUGAUGUAUUCUCAUGCGUUGUCCGAGUACAGCGUUGGACUGCUUGGUUUCUCGCUCGCUUCGUCCGAGUCAGCCGCCUCGCCCAUGACAUCGACCAUAUCGCCGGCUUUAUCGAGUCCGCUGCCUUACACGCACUCGCCAAUGCAAUCACCUGCUUCUGGCAUGAUUUCCAAAGCGCUCGACAAUCUGCAUGUAUCUCAUUCGCCUUGUGCAAACGAUAUUCGUUCGUUGUCGCCACGUGGGCCAACGGUCACGUCCUCGUUUCUGUCGACAUCGAGCUUGGCACAGCGGCCAUCACGGGCCACACAAACACUCUCGAGCUUGCAGCCCAUGCCAGUGCUGAUACCAACUGCCUUCUCCAUGUGGACAUAUUCGACCAAGACAGACGAGCGGCAUACAUACUCGAAGCUCGAUGCGCUGGCUAUGUCUCGAACCCUGCAUUCUGGCGGGGAGAUCUCGAUUAUGCCCUGCAAUGACGCAGCCAUGACCUCGUUCCGGUUUCCUCAACUUGCUGAUAUGUACAAGCGCAUGGACUGCCCCUUUGUGCACGUCCAUGUACCCAUGUCUCUGCCUCGCUCAGACGCCUCAAAUGCCCAGUUUGAUCGCAUGGGUGUUGCGCUGUCAAUGGCUAGCACAAAGGACACACCAUUGACAUCCGUCUUGUCGAUUUACUCUCAUGGGAAAUGCAUAUUGUCCAUGGCUGACCGUCUCGAGGCGCCACGUGUGCUUGCUCGUGCGCGCUCCGAUUCGACUCGGUCUUCAGCACAGCCUGCCGAUAACACACAGCCACCUUCGCCAGAAAGUUCACCAAAGAAGCAAUCUUCAGCGUUUUCUGAUUCUGACGCAGGUUUUUCAUGGGCGUAUCAAGUGCCGUUCGCGACAGACUUUUGGGCCGACUUUUUGAGUCGGAACCACCCUGUGCACAUAUACGGCUCGGACGGCAUGGUGCCCGUCGCAUCGUACUGCAAGGAGCCCAGCGAGCGUGCUUCGGUGGGUAUGGCUUUAAUUGGCCUGGCAUUUGUCCAAGAGUUUGUGAUUCCCCGCAGCGACGUGGCCACGUCUGUUCCCCACGUGCCGCUGACGUCUGAGAGCCCGGGGGCUCAGCUUGGUAAUAUUAUUGGCGUCGUGGCUUGGGACUUUGAGUGCGUGGAGUCGCUAGGUCGCGAGCCAGGCACGCCAGUGGUCUCCGUUGUAGGUCCCGACACUCGUGCCAACGUGCCCAACACACCCCAGAAACCGACACUGCACCGUGGACCAACUUCCUCCCUGCAUGCAAGGAACGACGCACCGGGCGCAAAGAAGGGGCUUUUGGGCCUACAGAUACAUGAGCCGGCCUCUGAGGCGGAGCCACUGUCCGUCUCGACUUCGCAAGACGCAACAAACACGGAAGCUUCUUGCAUUUCGGCGCCGACUGUGCCUGAUCCCGCUCUGUUGCGGCCCAAUACACCACCACAGCCAUUGCCAACAUUGAUUCGAACUCAGGCGUCACCGCAAACAGAAACGAAUCCAGUGAAGGUCGAGAACAAGUCGGAUGCGAUAACGCCAAAAUCUCGCUCGACGAGCACUUCCGCUCUCUCAUCCUCUGGCCCGAUGGCCUCAUUGCAGGUCUUGGAUCGAAGUCUGUCAUCAGGCACUGAUACUAUUUCCAUGACAGCUUCCCUUUCUGCAUCACCGACAACCAUGUCGCCGUACGAUGCUGAUGCACCUCUAACGUCUCUGUCAGUGCGUCCACCAAACUUGGACAUAUCUGAUGCGUUUCGACAAAAGGACGGUUUGCCAGACGGUAUGACCACAACGCUGUCUCCAGCGGCGUCGCACACCGAUUUGCUAAGCAACCACCAUAUGUCAUCAUCACCAUCAUCUCUGCUCACGCCAACACGCUCGCUCACUACAUCUUCUCUACCAGUGCCACUUCGCUCGCAUUCCAUGAGCGUGCUGGACGACCAAGCACUCCGCCAUCAUAUACAAGAUCAGCAUGUCACAACUCAGUCCCUCUCUCCACCUGCAUCUUCACCCUCGCUUCUGCCUGAUGCCAUUCCAUCAUACUUGGACCCGACCGACGUGGGUGGACGUCUGGGCCUUUCCGCGCAUGUGCAAUGGAAUACCCAACAGGACUUGAUGGAUGCCUUUCUUAACAGCUCCAUGAUGGAGCCGUCUGGUGUGCCUCCAUGUUAA